AUGCAAGGCCUGGUGGAACUUCGACAUGACAUGGUCUUCUACCAUAGGAUAUCUUACUGGAUAAAUAAAGUCUUUUUACCAGAUGCAUCUUCCAUUGCAGAAAGCGCAGUGAAGUACUUGGAAAAGAAGGCAUCAACCACGGUGAAAGAGUCUAUUCAGGUAGAAAAAAAUAUAAUCAUUGCAGGCUUGCACGGCUAUUCCUUUCAGGGUCCAUUUCACAUUCUCUUCCAUGGUGUUUCCCAGCUCCACUUCACAGAAGACAUUACAGACCCCAGACAAUAUUCAGUUGCCAUGUGGAGCCGAGCCUCCUCUUUUUCUGCAAUUGCUCGAUUUUCCGCACAUGACAAUGGAAAUGAGAAGUUUAGCAAUGAUAAAUAUUGGCUUCCACUUUAUCCUGAAUACAACCCUAAAAUUACUUCAGAUCUUCUCAAAGCUGAAGUGAAAAUUGUCAAGAAAGAAGCCAAGAAAGAAUCCAAAAAGAGACAAAAAACCAAAAACUAG